AAGAAAAUAAUCGUGGACAGCUGUACCGGCCGUUGGAGGUUCUGUAUAGUGGGAGUCGGCGAGUGCCGCUUACUGACACAAUGUCACUGCAAAGGUGUCAAACUGAAUGGGGAGAAAUUGACCAAGAAUAUCAACAGUUACAGGAAACUCACAAAGUGUACAGACAGAAGCUCGAUGAGCUCACCAACCUCCAGGCAACAUGCAGCAGUGCCAUUAGUAAACAGAGGAAGGGUCUAAAAGACCUCCGGCACAGUCUGCGCAAUGUGUUGUUCUCCUACAGAUGUACAAAAACAAGCGACGAGAAAGAAACAGAACUGAUCAAAGACAUCCAAAUGCAAAUUAAAGACAAAGAACAUUUCUUCUUUGAUAUGGAAGCCUAUUUGCCAAAGAAGAAUGGAUUGUACUUAAAUUUGGUCCUUGGCAAUGUGAAUGUCACACUCCUCAGCAACCAGGCUAAAUUUGCCUACAAAGAUGAAUAUGAGAAGUUCAAGCUUUGCAUGACAAUAAUCUUGAUGUUUGCUGCCAUAACCUGUCUCUUCUUGUUCAAUUACCGUGUCACAGAUGAAAUCUUCAACUUCUUGCUGGUUUGGUACUAUUGCACUUUGACCAUAAGGGAAAGCAUCCUCAUGAGCAAUGGGUCCCGGAUAAAAGGGUGGUGGGUCUCCCAUCAUUACGUCUCUACCUUCCUAUCAGGUGUAAUGCUUACCUGGCCAGAGGGGUCCAUGUAUCAGAUGUUCAGAAGUCAAUUCCUUGCCUUCUCCAUUUAUCAGAGCUUUGUGCAGUUUCUUCAAUAUUACUAUCAAAGUGGCUGCUUAUACAGGUUACGAGCUUUGGGGGAAAGAAAUCAGUUGGACCUCACAGUGGAGGGGUUCCAGUCAUGGAUGUGGAGAGGGCUCACCUUCCUCUUGCCAUUCCUCUUCUUCGGACAUUUCUGGCAGCUGUACAAUGCUCUGACCCUGUUUCGGUUGGCAGGACAUAAAGACUGUAAAGAGUGGCAGGUAUUUAUGUUGGCACUGACAUUUCUUGUCCUAUUCCUGGGGAAUUUUCUUACCACAUUGAAAGUUGUUCGCCAUAAAGUCCAGGAAAACCCAGAGAAAGUGCAAAAGCAAGAGUGAAUACAAGUCUGACUACAGCUCAGACUCCCAAGUGACCAUGAAACAAAAUGGCACUUUGAAACGCACAAUCGAUGGGAAUAUGGACUGCAGGGUUUUUUUUGCCAGGAAAAGACUGAGUGAAGAGAACGAUGUGUCUCAGCCUUGAUGACAGCUGCAACAUUAACCAAUAACCUUGGCUGAAUGUGCUUUUGUUUCCAAUAGUUUGUCGUUGUCUUUGCUACACAUGCAAUCACAACACAGAGCGGCCUUCUUCUGGCAGAUGAACCACUGCGAUCCUGGACCAUUUGAGGCUUGAUCCUGUAGAUUUAGAGUAAUUGGACAGACUUAAUCAUUAUGGUGUGGAUGUAUUUAGGACAGAGCAUGGACUACAUGUACAGAGAUCCACUCUUUAAACUAUAUGCAACUAAAGAAAGACGGGUAGCAUUAGGUCAUGAGAAGAGGUUAGAUUUACCUACAAAGUAUAUGUAAUGUCAAUACUUCACACAGCUGUUUUCGUUAUGGAAUAUUUGAAUACAUCCAUGGCACAGCAAUUUUCACUGUUCGCAACUACAAGUGUCUCAUUUUGAUAUAUUCUUCAGUAAAGAUGCAUUGAACUA